AUGUGAUGAUGAUUUGAUCAUCUCAUUUCAUGGUCAAAGCCAAGUCCAAUAAAAAAGUAACCAGUUUUUCCAGCCAUACUUUACUGGCUGGCACAGGUUUAAUGUUCUAACUUGAAUUAAAUUAAACAUUUAUAGAUAACGUUUAAUUUAAUAUAUGCAGUCUCGUCCAGUCCAGGUUUAUUUUGUCACGGGUUAGUUUUUGGUAUAACGAAAACCCAGCCCAGCCGGCCAAAAUUAUAGCUAAAAUUUCAAGAUUUAGUCGGUGAACUGACGUUGGUAGACUAGAAAUUAUAAGGGGAGGAAAACGGAGGUGGAAAUUGAAUAUUUGGACAGUUGUAUACGGCAGAUAAAGAAGGACGAGUAUUAAUAUGGCGAUAACUACUGAAUUAUUCCAGGUUCCAGCCUUCUGGAUUGGUGUAGUCGUAAUUGCAGGAUCUGCUAUUUAUACCCUAUACAAAUUGACCAGUGGGACUGGAGAUGGAGGGUCAUCAGCUAAGAAAUCAUCGAAAAAGAUGAAGAACGGUCACCCUGUCGCCCUCCAAGAUUCCGAUACCAAAUACCCACUAAAACUUGUCGAGAAGAAACACUUAUCUCACGAUACUCGACUCUAUCGGUUCGCUCUCCCAUCAGACAAUCAUGUUCUUGGACUUCCAACGGGACAACAUAUCCACUUAUCGGCACGAGUUAAUGAAUCACUAGUUGUGCGGCCCUACACUCCAGUGAGCAGUGAUGACGAUGUUGGAUACAUGGAUUUGGUCAUUAAAACCUACUUUAGAAAUGUCCACCCCAAAUUUCCUGAUGGUGGCAAACUCACCCAGUACCUCAAUGAUCUACCCAUUGGGCAUACAAUUGACUGCAGAGGACCAUCUGGAAGACUGAUUUACAACGGACGAGGUGAAUUUGCCAUUCGAGCCGAUAAAAAGUCUGAGCCCGUGACGGUCAAUGUCACAAAAGUGAACAUGAUUGCUGGUGGCAGCGGUAUCACUCCCAUGCUCCAAAUUGUGAAACACGUAUUCAAAGAUUCUAAGGAUCCCGUUAGCCUCUCACUCUUGUUUGCCAAUCAAACCGAGGAGGAUAUUUUAUGUCGCGAGGACUUGGAAAAAAUUCGUGACGAGCAGCCAGACCGAUUCAAGCUUUGGUACACCUUGGACCGUCCUCCAACUGAUUGGAAGUACAGCACUGGCUUCAUAAGUGCGGAAAUGGUCAAGGAUCACUUUUUCCCUCCUUCCAACGACACGCUCGUCCUCAUGUGUGGACCCCCGCCUAUGAUCAAUUUUGCCUGCACUCCUGCCCUUGAUAAGCUCGGGUAUGAAGAAAAAUUACGAUUUGCGUAUUAAAAAAACAUGCGGGACGAAAAAGUGCAGUAGUUCUGAGGAAUCAGUAGUAUCGAUCAAUUCCACGUGCUCUCACUCAUCCAGAGAUUUAGCUUUACAUACUUAAUAAAACUAGUAAAUAUUAUUAUCAAAAUUAUUUUGAAUAGUGUUUCAACAAGACAUAUAUAAUUCUGUGCUGUAAUCAUUACCCUGUUUUUUGAAUGGUUUAUUAAGAAACAAUAAAAUCUAAUUGUUUAAAUACACAAACA